AUGGCGCCGAUUGCCGUGGAUGACAUAGACAUGGGAGCAGGCUCCCGCGUCGAAAUGGAGCCCCUCGCUAUUAUUGGAAUGGCCACUCGAUUCCCCGACGAUGCCACAGCCACCGACAAGCUGUGGGAUUUCCUGCUGCGCGCGCGGUCUGCAGCAGCGCCGUUCCCCUCAGAGCGUCUCAAUGCAGAGGCGUUCUUCCACCCGGACCCGGAACACGGAGGAACAUUCGCGGUGGAAGGCGGUCACUUCCUCACCGAGGACCCGGCCGCCUUUGACGCUGCCUUUUUCAACGUCAUCAAGACCGAGCUGCUGACGCUCGAUCCCCAGCAGCGUCUAGUCAUGGAGAGCGUCUACCAUGCGCUGGAAAACGCUGGGAUUCCCAUGCACAAGAUCACCGGGUCCAGGACAUCGGUGUUUGCCAGUGGCUUCAAUCACGAUCACCUGGCCCUGCUCAACUCGGAUCCAGAGAGUACGAUCAAAUACAAGCCGACCAGCGUCACAAACUCCAUCAUCUCGAAUCGAGUCAGCUGGUUCUUCGAUUUCAAGUCGCCCAGUAUGACCAUUGAUACUGCCUGUUCCAGCAGCAUGGUCGCCUUGCACCUGGCCGCGCAAAGUUUACACAGCAAGGAGAGCGAGAUGGCCGUUGUGAGUGGUGUCAACAUUGUUGAAUUCCCCAUCGACAUUGUGGGCAUGAGCCACCACGGCUUUUUAGGUGCCAACGGUCGUUGCUUUUCCUUCGACCACAGGGCCAAUGGCUAUGCUCGUGGCGAGGGUGUCGGUUCGCUCAUUAUCAAACCCUUGUCAUCGGCAAUUAGAGACGGGGACACAGUUCGUGCGGUCAUACGAGGCACCGGAGUCAACCAGGACGGCCGUACGCCUGGAAUUAGCCUUCCGAGUGCUGCCGCCCAGGAAAGGCUAAUCCAUGAAAUCUACCAAAAAGCAGGCUUAAGCCUCAAUGAUACCCAUUUCGUCGAGGCACAUGGUACUGGUACUGCAGCUGGUGACCCCAUCGAGGCGGGUGCUAUUGCGAGUGCGUUUAGGUCACGCCGGAAGGAUAUUCCUCUGCACAUUGGUGCUAUCAAGUCCGGAAUUGGCCAUUUAGAGGGUGGUGCCGGUAUCGCCGGUAUAAUCAAGUCAGUCAUGGUUCUUGAGAACGGUAUCAUUCCUCCAAAUGCCAAUUUUGAGAAGGCCAAUCCAAAGAUUCCAGUCAAGAAGUGGAAUAUCUCAUUCCCACAAGAGAAUAUCCCGUGGCCUCUCGACGGCCCGCGCAGAAUUUCGGUCAACUCGUUUGGUGUCGGUGGAACCAACGGCCACUGUAUUCUCGAUGACGCCUAUCAUUAUUUCAAAGACCACAAUAUAUCAGCUACUCACAACACUAGACUAACUAUUCCAACACCUGAUGAGAUUUCAAGUUUAGUCAAAUCUCUUAGUCUCCUGGAGAAGACAGAAGAAACUGAAAACGAUGAAGACGCCAAGGGAGAAACAACAGACGGUACGGCAACAAAUGGCGAGGUUACCCAUGAAACCAAUGGCACCAAUUCGUCAACUAAAAUCAAUGGAACUUCGAAAGAUGCAGUGCCUAAGAUUUUCCCACUAUCCGCUUUUGAUGAAGAAGGAAUUAACCGGAAUGCGGAUGGGCUCGCUCAAUAUUUAAGUGAUAAGCCAUUUUCAAUUAGUCACGGAGCAGCUGAUCUCCUGAACGAUCUCUCCUUUACGCUGUCAGAAAGGCGGUCCAAUUUCCCCUGGAAGAGUUUUAUUCUUGCGUCCUCCAAGGAGGAGCUGAAGGCAAAUCUACAAAAUGAGAUGUUCUCGAAGCCCGUUCGUACUCGAAAUCCACCAAUGAUCGGCUAUGUCUUCACAGGACAGGGGGCCCAACACUGGAAAAUGGGAAGAGAACUUCUGAUCUACCCAGUAUUCAAAGCAUCUCUACAGCAAGCCUCGGAUUACAUGAAGUCACUUGGUAGCGAGUGGACUCUCAUGGAUGAGCUGCUAAAAGACAAGGAGUCGUCCCUUGUAAACGAGCCAUAUCUUUCUCACCCAAGUUGCUCCGCUAUUCAGAUUGCCCUGGUUGACUUGUUGGCUUGUUGGAAUGUCUACCCUGAACGAGUGGUCGGUCACUCAUCAGGAGAAAUACCAGCAGCAUAUGCUGCCGGAAGACUGACGAGAGAAGGAGCUUGGAAAGCUGCAUAUUUCCGAGGAUAUGUUUCUGCUAAGCAACUCGCAGUUAAGGGUGCCAUGAUUGCUGUCGGCUUGAGUGAAAGCCAACUAAACCCUUACCUUGAGCGAGCGCACAAUGAAAACAAAGGAGAGCUCAUCAUUGCCUGCUACAAUAGCCCCAAAAACAACACAGUCUCGGGCGAUGAAGCCAUGGUGGAUAAAUUGAAGGUUUUGCUUGAUGCUGACGGAGUUUUUGCCCGAAAACUAAAUGUCAAGAAUGCCUACCAUUCCGCUCAUAUGAAGGAGGUCGCCUCGGAUUACCUCCAAUUAAUGGGGGACCUUACUGCCGGCACUCCCGUGGAGGCUCCUCAUAAAGCUUUGAUCUUUUCCACGGUAACAGGGGAACAAGUUCAGGAAGAUCAUCUCGGAGCUCAGUAUUGGGUUGAUAACAUGAUCUCACCGGUCCGUUUCAUCGACGGCCUCUCGGCAAUGUGCUAUAAGAAAAACACCGCAGGACAGGGCCAUUUGAAAAUGAAUGCAACCGCAGAAAAUAUCUUCGCUGAUCAUCUCAUUGAAAUUGGGCCACAUUCAGCUCUUCAGAGCGCCAUUAAGGAAGUCAUUGCAUCAAAGGGCCAUCAAUCUCCGAUUGACUAUCUUCCUGUUCUCAACCGCAACGACAGUAGUCCAAGCGUUCUUCUCGGUACAAUUGGAACGUUAAACUCAAAAGGAGGAUCCGUGAAAAUCACAGCUGUAAACUCCGCUGCAAACAUUCAAAAGGAAAAGGCACAUUUGUUGGUCGACCUUCCUCCAUAUCGUUUCAACCAUUCAUCGACGACCAUGUACGAGAGCAGACUAAGCAAGAACUAUCGUUUCAGGAAGCAUCCUCGACACGAUCUCUUCGGAGCACCUGUUCCCGAUUGGAAUGAAGAGACACCGCGCUGGCGGCACUUUUUGAGAUUGCAAGAAAAUCCUUGGCUAAAGGAUCAUCUUGUCACCAACAACUAUGUCUUCCCAGGUGUGGGUUAUCUGAUAAUGGCCCUUGAAGCAACACGACAACAAGCGGAUCCCGAGUCCACCAUUGUCGGAUUCAGACUGAAGAAUGUUGCACUCAAACGGGCCCUUAUCAUUCCAGAUAACAAAGAAGGCAUUGAGACAUCUGUCUCGCUAACGAGAAUGGACGAGUCAAGCUUAUGGAGCUCCUCUGUCUGGAAGCGUUUCCAAGUUACCUCCUACAACCCUAUCGGCGAUGACUGGGUUGAGCACUGUACAGGAUACAUUGCUGUGGACUACAAGACUACUCCGGGUCCAGUAGACGCGGGUCGUGAAGACCAGGAAGAGAAAAAGGCCUGGGAGGAGUCUCUUUCACAAAUAUCGCAAUCAUGUCACCAGCCAGUAGACUUUGAAAAAUCAUAUGACAAUAUUCAGACAGCGGGUCUUUCAUUUGGGCCUCUGUUCAGAAAUCUGAAGGAUGUGAGAGUCAAUGGCGAGAACCAGGGAUCUAUCUUAGGAACAGUCACCGUGCCCGAUAUUCCCAGCUCGAUGCCAAAGAAUUACGCUCACUCGCAUUUGAUUCACCCGGCGACAAUGGACAGUAUGAUGCACUUGUUUCUGGCAGCUGUACUUGACUUCACUGGCAAGCCGACACUAGAGAAACCUGCCGUUCCUACAUUUAUUCGAGAAGUUUGGAUUUCAGCAGACAUCAGCUCGGCACCUGGUCACGCAUAUCUCGGACAUGGAAAAGCUGGAUUGAUUGCAUACGACAAGUACGAAUGCGAUGUCAAGAUCUGGGACAAAGAAACGAAAGACCCCCGUAUCAGCAUCAAGGGCAUUCGCGUCACUCCGCUUGAAUCCGGUAGCUCAAACAGCAGUCAAGCCCGAAAACUAUGUCACAACUUGGAAUGGAAGCCGGCCUUGGAGCUGCUAGACUCGACAACCGCAAGGGGGCUUGCCAACAUUCCUCAACCAGACAUCGAGAAGGACCGCUACUGGGUCCAUCGUUAUCAGCUAGCCACCAUGCUGCUUGUUACUGAUGGCCUUACCGGCCUAGCAGGAUUUGAUCCAUCAACACUGGAAGGUCAUUUCAAGCAGUAUUGGGAUUGGCUAAACUUCAGAACUGAACAGCUGAAAGAGAACAAGAUCACACUACUUCCUCUGCAGGAAUUUGAAGCUUUCCCGAAGACUGAAGAGGCGAAAGAAGCUGUUUAUCGCGAGGUUGAGGAACACAGCGCUGAUGGUGCCCUUGCUAUCCGCAUGGGUCGCCAAAUUGUUCCCGUCUUGAAGAAGGAAGCUGACCCUCUUCAUCUGAUGUUCGGUCAGGAUGAUCUCAUGGACCGUGUAUAUGAUGAGGUAGUAAACUUGGGCGAUCUCCCAAAGCAUUUGGAGAGUUAUUUAUCUGUCUUGGGGGACAACCGCACGGAUCUUAGUGUCCUGGAGGUUGGAGCAGGUACUGGAAGUUCAACUGCUGCCAUACUGGAUGUUUUGUCACCCGAUGUACAGACAAACAGAGAGACUGGGAGCAGCCAAUCGAGAAUCUCGUCGUAUGCUUUCACCGACAUCUCGGCCGGCUUCUUCGAAAAGGCGAAAGAUCGCUUUAAGAACUGGAGCAAUAUCAUGCAAUUCAAGACAUUGAAUGCCGAAAAGGACCCGCUCCCUCAAGGAUUCGAAGCUGGUACAUAUGACUUGAUCGUCGCCGGAAAUGUGAUUCACGCCACUGCAGAUCUUCGAAAGACCUUGAAUAGUUUGAGGUUGCUGCUCAAGCCGGGCGGUAAAAUCGUCCUCCACGAAGGAAACAGACAAGACUUUGUCUGGACACAGAUUUCCUUUGGCCAGCUUCCUGGUUGGUGGCUUGGUGUCGAGCCCAGUCGUAAAUGGUGUCCGUUCCUUACGCCCGCUGAAUGGGAUGUCAUUUUCAAAGACUCGGGAUUCUCUGGCGUUGAUAUUGACUUUCCCAGCUCCCAAAACCCAGAUAACUCCAGUCAAAGUAUACUUGUGGGAACGGCGAUUGAGAAAGAAUCAGACAAGGACUUGAUUGAUCACGUUAUUAUAUUAGAUCACGAAAUCCGUCACGAAUUGAGUCCGGCACUUGAAGACAGUCUUCGCUCCUUGAAGCACAUUUUAAACGUUACGAGCAUCAAACCAAGUGACCUACCGAAUACCGAUUUGACUAGCGCCAUUUGCAUCUCUCUUCUAGAGCUAGACCAGCCUUUCAUGGAAAAUAUCAGUGAAUCCGACUAUCUUGGGAUUAGGAAAUUAAUUGCUACAGGAGGUGGUCUUCUUUGGGUUACUGGUAACCCGAUUGUGAAGCCCGAACUUGAUAUGAUCUUGGGUGUUCUCAGAACGGUUCGCUGGGAGCGAGAUCUGGAACCGGCAUGCCUAGCGAGUGUUUCAGUUCUAGAACAGAACCUUUCAGUCACAGGCCUUCUAGAAAAGAUCAUGAAAAUCUUCAUGAAUCAAUUCGUUGACCUCUUCCCCAGUGAAUUUAAUUCGGAGUUCCAGUUGAAGGAGGGUAUAAUCUAUACAAGUCGCCUGGUUGACUCUGAUUCUGGAAAUGAUUUCUUGAACAACAAGUUCGCGAAACCCUUGCCGCAAAUGAUCAGGUUUGGAGACAGUAACCGGCCUAUAAAGCUGAGCACUUCCUCUCCUGGUCUGUUGAACAAGCUCGAAUGGGUCACCGAUACGAUUUACAACGACCCUCUUGGUGAAACACAGGUUGAAAUUGACAUCAAAGCUGUUGGUUUGAACUUCCGGGACUUGAUGAUUGCCAUGGGCGAACAUAUGGCGUACAGCCUUGGUAACGAAGCUGGUGGUAUUGUGACUCGCGUCGGUUCGGCAGUAGAUAGAGUGAAGCCUGGAGACCGGGUUGUCUAUCUCUGUGGUUUGGAGAGUACAGGGUGCUUCCACACCUUUGGCAGAGUCGACCAAAACGUCGUGUGCAAGAUUCCCGACAACCUUAGUUAUGAGAUCGCCGCGGGUCUUCCAUGUGUCUACGCUACUGUUAUUUAUGGACUGGACGACGCCGCACGAAUGCUCAAAGGUGAGACGAUUCUCAUCCAUGCUGCGGCCGGAGGCGUCGGACAAGCGGCCAUCCACUAUUCGAAAAUGGUUGGUGCAGAAAUUUACGCUACCGUUUCGACACCUGAGAAGCGCAGUCUCUUGGUUUCUGAAUAUGGAAUCCCGGAGGACCACAUCUUCUCUAGCCGAGACCUCACAUUUGUCAAGGGUAUCAUGAGGAGCACAAAAGGCAAGGGUGUCGAUGUUGUCCUGAACUCGCUAUCAGGCGAAGCACUACGCUCAUCAUGGGAAUGUCUUGCUCCAUUUGGACGAUUUAUUGAGAUUGGCAAGAAAGAUGCUCAAGCAUAUGGAAAGGUCGAAUUAACUCCAUUCUUGCGCAAUGUGACUAUGGCAAGUGUUGAAUUGCCAACAAUGAUGCGUCAUCGUCCAUCACUCAUUACACGGCUUACAGAAGAUACCAUUCGCUUGUGGAGCGAAGGACACAUCAAAGAAGCCAAGCCGACAACGGUCAUGAACUACUCUCAAGUUGAAGAAGGUCUUCGUCUCUUGCAGUCUGGCAAGGGAAUGGGCAAGAUGAUAUUCGUUCCGGGCGAGGAAGAUCUGAUUCCUGUUGUCCCAGAGGCUUUGUCUCCGUACCAGUUUAAGGAAGAUGCCUCUUAUGUGCUUGCUGGCGGUACCGGUGGUCUGGGCCGUAGUAUCGCAUCAUGGCUGGUUUCUCGUGGUGUUAAAAACCUGAUUUUCCUUGCUCGAUCCAAACCUUCGGACGCGGUCCAAGACGUGAUCGAGGAUUUAAGAAAGAAAGGGUGUAAUGUCCAUAUUCCGUUGUGUGAUGUGUCGGACUUGGAAAGACUAAAGACUGUCAUCGAAGAGUGCAGCAAGAUAAUGCCGCCUAUCAAAGGUGUCAUUCAAGGUGCCAUGGUGUUAAAGGACGGAAUGUUCGAAAACAUGCCAUUCGAGGAUUGGACAGCAGCAAUCAAGCCCAAGGUCAAAGGUUCUUGGAACCUUCACGAAGCUCUGCCCAAAGACAUGGAUUUCUUUGUGAUGCUGUCUUCUGCCACGGGUAUUCUAGGUAAUCGGAGUCAAGCCAACUACGCUGCUGGAAAUACGUACCAAGACGCUCUUUCUCGGUAUAGAGCUUCGCUAGGAUUGCCAACAGCGAGUGUUGAUCUCGGCAGUGUGCUUUCCGUGGGUUUCGUGGCUGAGAACAAGGACUAUGCUCGUCACACAACUGCUGUUCUCGAGGUCCUUCGUGAGGACGAGAUCCACGCCAUUCUCGAGUUCCUCAUCGACCCACGAAACAAGUCCGAUGCUACCACACAGCUCAUUGCUGGUCUGACCACGGGUACCAUGUACCACGAGCGAGGGGUUCCUCCGCCGUCGUACCUUGGAUUCCCUAUCUUUACUCAUCUUCGCAAGACCAAGACCAGUGGUGCGCAGAACUCAGAGGAGAACCCGACUUAUUUGGUGCAAUCUCUACUCGGUGCCGCAUCUACCCUCGAAGAAGCAGUAAACGUAGUCUCGAACGGGAUUCGCAACAAACUAGCUUCCCUCCUAGCGAUUCCUGUCGGAAACAUUGACCCGUCCAAAUCCAUCAGCUCAAAUGGAGUUGAUUCUCUCGUGGCGAUGGAAUUCCGGACAUGGUUGGUCAAGGAUCUCGGUGCGGAUAUUCCUUUGCUUGAGAUUACUGGAACUGGAAGCAUCACCACGAUAAGCCACAAAAUUGCGAGUGUGAGUAAGUUGGCGCAGUUUUCUACUGCGCCGGCCAAGGCCUAG